AUGCAGCCACAGCCACAGCAAGGAUUGGCUGGUGAUUUAGCACACGGGUUCCCCGAACUUCGCGACGGCGAUUUCGGGGUGUCCCGUGUGCUAAACAGCUUCGGCUUGGUGAUAAACCACCCGAUUCCCGAACUUCGCGACGGUGAGUUCGGUGUAUCCCCGAACAUCGCGACGGCGAGUUCGGCGUGUUCCUUGCACUAUACGGCUGUUGCUGACGAUCAAGCCAUCCGUUUCCCCGAACAUCGCAACGGCGAGUUUGCUGUUGCUGACGAUCAAGCCAUCCGUUUCCCCGAACAUCGCAACGGCGAGUUUGAGUGCUUCGAUAGCCUGUACGGAGUCGGAAAGCUUCUGGGCAAAGGAGGCUACGGUUCUGUGUUUGCAGGACUUCGUAAGGCCGAUGGAAAACAGCCUGGUGAGAAGAACGGUCUCCCUGUAGAGGUGGCGUUGAUGCUGAUGGUGUCCGAGCCACCUCGCUGCGAACGUGUCCUGGAGCUCCUGGAAUGGUUCGACAUGCCCGAGUGCUACGUCUUGAUCCUGGAGCGACCCGCCUGCUGCAUGGACCUCUUCGAAUACCGCAGGAACGGCUCACUUCCCGAACAUCUGGCUCAGGUCAUCAUGUGGCAGGUGGUUCUCGCCGCCCGUCAUUGCCGUGAUCGUGGCGUUCUCCAUCGGGAUAUCAAGGAGCAGAACCUUCUGGUCAGUUUCGACACGUUAGAGGUCAAGCUCAUAGACUUUGGCUGUGGGGACUUGCUCAAGUCGACACCCUACAGACGUUUUGCAGGCACCAUACUAUACGCCCCACCUGAAUGGAUCGAGGAAGGUAAGUAUCAUGGUUGCGCUGCAACGGUGUGGAGCCUGGGCGUCCUUUUGUUUGUUCUAGUGUGUGGAGAGCUGCCAUUCUGGAAUGAGAGGGAGAUCGCUGCUGGACACCUGAUCUUCAAAGCUGGUGUGUCUAUGGCCUGCCGUCAUCUGAUCAGACGCUGCCUGGCCAAGGAUCCGAAUAAGCGACCCAGCCUCGAGAUGAUCCUGGAGCACAACUGGUUUUCAGAGAUCCUUAGGAACUAA